UUCUUUAAUAUUCUCGUAUUUCAGUGCAUGACUGAAUUAAAUUUAGUUUAGUUUUCAAAGUGCACAUGCUUUGUGGGUAUCAGAACAACUUCAAUUUAAUCAACCAGGUUGAUUUACUCAGCAGAUAAGUAACUGCCUUAAAUGAUUCAUUUCUCUCUCUCUCUCUGUGCAACAAGGAAGCAGAUCAGCAACCAAAAAACUUCAGCAGCAACAAGAUAAAACAGGAUCUCCAACAAAGUGGCCCAAGCUUCAAAGUUGAGCUUCAUAUAUUUUGUAUAAAUAUACAUAGAAGUGGAAACUUAUGUCAUGAAGGAUGGUAGUGCACAGGAGAAGAAGGUUUCUUUCAAGGGCAGGGUUUACUGGUUGCUGCAUAUUAUGCUGCCUAAUUUUACUCAUAUUCAUAUCCUCGAUGUUUGAGUUCAAUGUAAUCAGUACUUCAGAAGAUAUGCCACGUGAGAAAUUGAAGACGAUGGCCAAAUGGGACCCAUCUUACAGGCAAGGUUCGCAAUUUCCUCUUAGCGGUCAAAUCAGUUGCGACCGAACUCAGUUGCGCUAUGAUCUCUGUUGGAUCAACGGCCGAACUGUAUUAGACCCCACAACCUCCGCAUUCUUCGUUGUUCGCUCUACCAAUUCUGCCCCUCCGUAUUUAGUGGAAACAAUCAAGCCUUAUCCACGAAAAUUCGAAGCUUUUAUCAUGGCCCAAAUAAAAGAACUCACUAUCACUUCCGGCCCAUUCGCUCCAUCAUGCCAAGUCCAACACACUGCUCCAGCUCUAGUAUUCAGUGCUGGCGGGUACACUGGAAACUUUUUCCAUGAUUUCAACGAUGGGUUCAUCCCCCUUUACAUCACCGUUAAUACAAUCUACCCCGAUCAAGACUUUGUGAUGGUUGUAUCAGAAGCUCCCGAUUGGUGGAUUAGCAAGUACGUUGAUUUGCUAAGCGCAUUCACGGCACACCCUAUUGUAACCCUUAAUGAUACGAGCACCCACUGUUUUCCUUCUGUCACUUUCGGUUUAAUAUCACAUGGCUUCAUGACUAUGAACCAGAGGUUGAUGCCCAACUCAAAGACAAUUACACAAUUUAGAGGUCUUCUAGAUAAAGCCUACAGCCAAAGCCUCACCUCCAAUGUUAAUAAUAAUCUUUCAGCUCCAAAAUCUAGACCUCGGCUCAUAAUAGCAAGUCGUAAUGGCAGCGCUGGACGUGUGAUUUUAAAUCAAGACGAAUUAAUUGAGAUGUCAAAAGAACUUGGUUUUGAUGUAAUUAUUUUUGAGCCUAAGGCUAACACAUCGUUGCAAGAAUCCUAUGUACUAGUUAAUUCGAGUCAUGCAAUGAUUGGGGUGCAUGGUGCAGCACUGACACAUUCGUUGUUUCUCCGGCCAGGUUCGGUGUUGGUGCAGGUGGUUCCGAUAGGGUUGGAGUGGGCUUCUGAUGCGUUUUUUGGAAGAGUAGGGAGAGGGUUGAAAUUGGAGUACGUGGAGUAUAAGAUUGGAGUUGAAGAGAGUAGCCUAGUGGGUACAUACGGGAGUGAUAGUUUGUUGUUGACAGACCCACACGGUAUUCAGGUUCAGGGGAAAGGAUGGCCUGGUGAUAUUAUGGACGUUUAUUUGAAGGAACAGAAUGUUAAGCUUGACAUGAAGAGGUUUAGAGAAUACUUGAAGCAAGCAUAUAAGAAGGCUAAGCAAUUCAUGGACAGGGAGGGUUAAGCAAAGCUUGAAACAAUAGUUCUUUUGAUAGAAUUUGUCGGGAUUGUGACCCGUACAAGAAUAAUCUGAUAGCCAUUAAUUAAGCUCCAUCUGUUGAUUGUCUGGGAGAGAAUUAGAACACCAGCAUAUGUUCUUAAAUGUUUUUA